UAUCAAACAUCCAUUGUUGGUUUCACGCUGACCGACCUCUAAAUGGAUAUAGCCAUGACAACAUGAAUCAGUCAUACAGACAGGCUGUUAGGGGUUCAGCAUUUGGUACUGGCCAGCCAGAGCUGAGGCCCCGCAAUGGCCUUGUGAGCACUUCCUAUGGAAACCAAUGUGGCAUUGUGAAGCGUGUGUCAGACCAACCGUCAGCUGUGCAACUGCCAUCCUCCAGUCUCAAACAGCCAGCUGUCCUGGGCUACAAUCAGCCAGACCGAACUCACUGCUACAGCCCGCUGAGGAGGCUGCAGGACCAUAACACUGUGGUCAACAGGCCUGACCUAGAGAGGGACCUCCAUCCUAGGAACCACUUGCAGUGUGCAAGCCCAAUUAGUGACGAUGAUGAGUUUGAGGCACCAUCAGUCCAGUUGCCUCCUUCUCCAGGCAAUGAUGACAUGGAGCCUUUUGAGACUAUGCAGGACGUAAACAGAAAUGGCUUCUCACCCCAAAGUUCUGACAGCUUGGAGCGCUGCUCUCCCAUCCCAAAUGACUACUUGCAUUUUGAGUCCACGCUGUUUGACAGCAAUGACGUUAAGGAAGAGGACGAGGAGGGGGAGCACAACAGUAGUGACGACCUGGCGCCUUUUCACAACUCCCAAAAGUUGAGUCAGGAACGAACUGUUACUGACAGUAAGACCACAUGUGAUUCAGGGGGGGACAGAAGAACAUACAAACCUACUGUCUUUAAUCUGAUGUCCAAAACUAUAUCUGAACUGAACCCUACACUAAGCCCCAGUGCACUGCCAGAAAUCACUAUGAGAGAUGGGUGGAGUUUGGGUGAGGAAUCAGACAGUGAUGGUGAACUUGGCUCUCCUGUUGACCCUGGACUUAUUUCACCAACUGACACCAACUCUAAUUCCAACAGCCCAAAGAAAAAGCCUCUUCCUGCAGUAAAAUACUUGGAAGGGGACUUAGUGUGGGCAAAGUUCAACAGACGACCCUGGUGGCCCUGCCAAAUCACCUGCGAUCCAGACCAGGGGACCCACACUAAGAUGAAAGUUCCCAGUCCCCGUCCUUGUCGGAUGUAUUUCCUGGAGACGAUCGGAGAGAUUAUAGAAUGUGCCUGGGUCCAAGGGAAUGUCAUUCUUCCUUUUGAAGGAGGCCAUCAGUUUGAAGACUUACCUGUGCUUAGACGGAGAGGGAAGCAGAAGGAGAAAGACUACAAGUAUACGAUACCCAAAAGUUUACUGACUGCGUGGAAAGUCAGUGUGACAGAAGCUGAGUAUCUACUUCCUGGUCGACAAAGGAACACUGAAAGUGUGCUUUCAGUAUCCAUCAAUGGAGAGGAGCGUGUACCCAGCCCACUCCCCACUGAAAAGCCACAGGAGGCCCCCUCUCCCACUGUGGACUCUGGCCGAACCCCAUCUCCAAAUAUGCCCCCCAAUGAAAAUGAACACCAUCUCAUAAAAAACUCUACAGUUCAAUCCAACAAGAGCAAAGCUUGCAAGAAGAAAAAGAAAUGUUUGUCAGAUAUAUUUGGCCAUAUAGUUGGUGGAUCAAAGGAAUCAUCUACCAUCACAAACAUAACAGACAAGUUUCAUACAACAACUUGUGCACUGAAAGAAGAGCCAAAGGACUCCCCAUAUGCUGACCUGGACUCAGUUCCAAUGCUGCAUCGUCCUAAACGUACAGCAAUGUCUCCAAUACAGGACGUAGACAGACUGGUUAGAAAACAGGGUUCAUCAAAAGCUAAAACAAAGUUAACUGAAAAGGUGAACCAAUGUACAGAUUCCUGUGAUAGCAUUUUAACAAAUAAAUUGACAUCUAAAGAUACAAAUUCUGAACAGAAUUUGGGCAGCUGUAAUGAACUGUUGUACAGUUCAACUGAAAAGCACUCUAUGAACCUUCCUGCCAGCAGUCGUCUGAUGACGAGGGCUCUGAAAGCAGAGGAAAAGACUGAUCUCAAAGAUGCACUGGCCACAAGCCAAAUCUCAACAGAUACUCAUAAUGAUGAUUGUACUAAUAAUACAUCUACUAAUGCACCAAUCAAAACUGAAAUGUCUCCUAACUGGGAAUCCCCCAGCAAUGCAUCUUCCUCUACCGAUCACAGCUCUCCAAAAAGGCGUGCAAGGAAGCCUGAUAAGAAACUAAUUCGUAAUGGCUCAUUGAUAAAGUCUAAGUGUUCAGGCUCCAGUGUACCCACUGUGCAACCUGUUAAGAUCAAAACGGAAAAUGUUGCCCCAGAUCUUUCAACCUCUUCUUCCCCGUCCUUGUCUCUGUCUCCCAUGGAAGCCUUUCAGGAUGUCAAGGAACUAAUGUUUAAAUCGCUUGUGAAGGAGGACAGCAGUGACUCUGAGCUCACUGCAUUUCGGCCUGAUUCCAAUUAUAAAUUCAGUACUUUUUUGAUGCUGCUGAAAGACAUGCAUGAUAUCAGAGAAAAAGAGGGUAAACCCCUGACUCUCCCGCCAUCACCAGUCCUGAUCAAGGAGGAACCCUUGGUCAUCCCUACUGCUACUGGGGGUGACCCACUUAAGGGUUCUAAUGAAGGUUUUACUCAAGGGAUUAAAACAGAAAAUGGCCAAUUGAGAAAAUCCAUAAUACCCAACAACACAGCAGUGAAAACCAAGAACAGGACUAAAGCUAUCAUGACAGCAGACACCUACCACUGUGAAGACUUUCCUGUUCACUCUCAGACUGGGAGCUCAGACAAGCAGCGUAGAAAACAAAGACUACCGGCCAAACUGAAACUCAGCAUACCUGGCCUUUCCUCAGACCUGGCUGACUUGGCUUAUGGCAGGGAGUUUGUUAGUGGCCACGCUGACUUAGCUGAUCCUGGAUCUGGUCCUCCCGUCGCUGCUGAUCCCUCGGCCAGCUACCUCAACAAGAACUCAGAAUCCACAGUGGCUCCAAAGAAGCGCUGGCAGGUGGUUGAGGGGGCUGCGGAGAAUAAGGGUGGGUGUAUGAGUGAGGCGUCUGCUGAGAUGAAUGGGCCUUACACCACAAGGCCGUCACCAGAUCUUGAUCUGGGAAUUAGGAAGCAGGCAGAGAGUGACUCGCACUUCCUAGAGACAAGCAGCAUAGCAGGGCAUUCAGAGAACAAACGUCUGCGGAAACCAACUAAAAGGCUCCUGGAGUCAACUGAGGAGUAUGAACAAAUAUUUGCCCCAAAAAAGAAAUCAAAGAAACACACCUCAGAAUCUUCCAAAAUGCAGACAUCAGGGAUGACAGCACUCCAUGAUCUCAGUACCACACCAGGAUCUGUUACCUCAUGCUCAUCUUCUCUAGAGCCCACAGAGGCUCUGACUGAGCCUGAACAGAGUCCAUCUCAGGACGAGCUUUCUCCUGUAGCAUGCUCAGUAUCCCCAGCCACGACCCAACCCCCCCUUGACACAGAGACAGCAGAAGAAACUGAUCUACCUCCUGAAUCUGACACAGGGUUAUUAAUCCAAGAAAGAAAGAGGCCAAGGAAGCUGUCACACAAGGUGCUGGAAUGUCCCAUAGAAGAAGUGUCUGUUGCUCCUAUAAAAAAGAAGGAGCUAAAGCGACACAGUGCAGUUACCUCUGAGGUGAAGGUGUUGGUCAAGAAAACUCAGGUUCUUCAAAAGCAAAUUCUAUCGCUCUCCCUAUAUCCAAACAAGCAAUUUGAUGUUGCAUCUGUGAAGAAAGAGAAGCCUACACCCACCACAUCCUCAGCCCCUGCUGUCGCCUCCCAGCACUCAGAGAGCAAAGACGUUCUCGGUGGACCCAGUCCAAACAGGCCUCCCAGCCCCCGGGAAUCUAAGACCCCCAAGCAGGAGACAGAGAUGGAGCCCUCCAGCACUGAGGAAAAACAAAAUGUACACACUGGAACACUAACUCCCAAACCUGAGGUACAGUCUGUGGGGUUGAAUGACAGCCUCUCUUCCCAUGUGGAUAUAAAAGGGAAAAUAGGAGCAACAUCCUUAAAGGAGAACGUUUGUCAGGUAUGUGAGAGGACAGGAGACCUGCUGGUGUGCGACGGCCACUGUUAUGGAGCAUUUCACCCGCAGUGUAUAGGCCUGUCAGUGGCUCCCAGGGGAAAAUUCCUCUGUCGUGAAUGCAACACUGGUGUCCACACAUGCUUUGUAUGUAAGAAGUCUGGUGAUGGGGUAAAGCGCUGUAUGAUACCACUGUGUGGGAAAUUCUACCAUACAGACUGUAUAUUGGGCUACUCUGCAACCCAGCCACAUAACAAAGGCUUCCGCUGCCCUCUGCACGUUUGUCUGUCCUGCCACAUCACCAACCCUCUCAACGUCUGUAGCUCUAAGGGUCGGCUGGCUCGAUGUGUGCGCUGCCCUGUGGCUUACCAUGCCAAUGACAACUGCAUGGCAGCAGGCAGUUUGGUGCUGGCAAACAACAGUUUCCUCUGUCCGAACCACUUCACUCCCCGUAAAGGCUGCAAGAACCACGAACACAUCAAUGUUAGCUGGUGCUUCGUCUGCUCUGAAGGGGGCAGUCUGCUGUGCUGUGAGGCCUGUCCUGCUGCUUUCCAUAGGGAAUGUUUGAAUAUGGAGAUGCCUCAGGGCAGCUGGUUCUGCAAUGACUGUAAAGCUGGGAAGAAGCCUCGUAUUAAGGACAUACUGUGGGUCAAAUGGGGACGUUACAGGUGGUGGCCUGCAGAAGUCUGUCUAGCCAAAGAUGUUCCAAAUAACAUCUUGAGAAUGAAACACGAGGUGGGAGAGUUCCCAGUCCAAUUCUUUGGCUCCAAAGAUUUUGUGUGGACAUACCAGGCCAGAGUCUUCCCUUACAUGGAGGGUGACACUCACAACAUUGAGAAAAUGGGGAAGGGUGCAGAUGCCGUGUACAAAAAGGCCCUGACUGAAGCAGCAGAAAGGUUCAGAGAGCUCCAGGCAGAAAAGGAAAUGAGGCAACUUCAGGAGGACAGAAAGAAUGACAAGAAACCUCCUCCAUACAGGCACAUUAAGGUAAACCGGCCAAUUGGGAAAGUCCAGAUCAUAACAGCUGACCUAUCAGAGAUCCCACGUUGCAACUGUAAAGCCUCUGACGAGAACCCCUGCGGCAUCGACUCGGAGUGCAUUAACCGCAUGCUGAUGUAUGAGUGCCACCCCCAGGUGUGUGCGGCAGGGGAGCGAUGUCAGAACCAGGCCUUCACAAAGCGCCAGUACACAACUGUGGAGAUUUUCAGGACACUAGGUUGCGGCUGGGGUUUACGUGGUGUGUCAGACAUCAAGAAGGGAGCCUUUGUUAGUGAAUAUGUGGGAGAGGUGAUAGAUGAAGAAGAAUGUCGAGCCAGGAUCAGACAUGCCCAGGAGAACGACAUCUGUAACUUCUACAUGCUUACACUGGACAAGGACCGGAUCAUUGAUGCUGGGCCCAAAGGGAACCAGGCUCGCUUCAUGAACCACAGUUGCCAGCCAAACUGUGAGACCCAGAAGUGGACUGUGAAUGGGGACACCAGGGUGGGGCUGUUUGCUCUACAAGACAUCCCAAAAGGUGUGGAGCUGACUUUCAACUACAACCUGGAAUGUCUUGGGAAUGGGAAAACUGCCUGUAAAUGUGGAGCACCCAACUGCAGCGGUUUCCUUGGUGUCAGACCAAAGAACCAGCCGUCAGCAGAGAAACUGAAACUGAAGGAGGGAAAAAGAAAGGUCCCCAUGAAGAAGAAGACCAAGCAAGAAGUGACCAAGGAAAGAGAAGACGAGUGUUUCAGCUGCGGUGAUGGGGGACAGAUUGUGUCCUGUAAGAAGCCAGGCUGCCCGAAGGUCUAUCACGCUGACUGUCUCAACUUGGCCAAGAGGCCUGCAGGGCGAUGGGAGUGUCCGUGGCACCAGUGUGACAUCUGCGGAAAAGAGGCAGCUUCAUUCUGCGAGAUGUGUCCCAGCUCUUACUGUAAGGAGCAUCGUGAAGGCAUGCUCUUCAUUUCCAAGCUGGACGGCAAAUUGUCCUGCAGUGAACAUGACCCCUGUGGGCCAGACCCGCUGGAGCCAGGAGAGAUUCGUGAAUACGUGCCCAACACGACCUCUGUGAGGCCUGGGGCAAUGUCUGUGCCCAUCACUCCCUCGCUGGUCCCAGACUCCAGAAGAGCUAGUUCCUCUGCUGUUCCCAUCUCUUCCCCUGCUGGUCAGGCUCCACUGGGCAGGCAGGAGCCUCCUCCUCGUCUCUACAUCAACACAAAGACUGCUACCUCGAGCUUCAUCCCUUCCAGCAGGUCUCACCUCAGAGACAGGACUGAGGGGAAAGCGUUCUCCACUCCUACCUCCUCUAAGGAUGAGAGAGAGGAUGGUGAGGUGGAGGACGGGGAGGUGUGCGGGUUAGAGGUGGAAGAGGUGGAGGAGGUGGAAGACGACGACGACGAUGACGAGGAAGCAGAAGAGGAAGAGGAUGAAAUGGAGGAGAUGGAGAUAGUGGAAGAUGAGGAGGAGGAGGAGCCACUGUAUGGAGGGGACAUGCUGGAGGAAGAUGACGAGGAGGAGGACGACAACGACGACGAAGGAGGGGAUGUGUAUGACACUUGGGAUGAUUAUGUGGAUGAAGAUGCUGAUGAUGGAGAGGUGGAGGACUUGGAGGAAUGGGGGAGAGUGGAGGAUGAUGGUAAAUGACUCGGCCCAUCCAUUCCUUUAUAAAUACUCAACAAAAACUCUCAAUAGACAUUCAAAGGACAAAAAGAGUUUGAUAUUUUGGUACCUACUUGAACGCAACACUGCCUUCACUUUGGUACUACAUUGCCUUCUCAUCCACUGCUGGACUGACGGUGCGGAUGUGUACUGGUGCUAAGGCUCGAGGACUGAUUCAGUCCAUCUCUUUAUACUUCUGUCAAUAUGUUUAUUUGUGUCUGGUGCUGUUAUGUUCUUUUGUUCUUUCUCUCAUUAUUGUUUACAUUUUUUGGCCUUUUUUAAAUGUUUGGAAUAUAAGAAAAAGUUGAGAAGUUUCACCUGACCAAACUGUCACGAUAAGGGCAUCUUAUGUUGUUGUUACUGUCUUAACCUUGUCUUUCUAAUUACAAGAGUGAUAAAAAAUAGUGUUCUCACUGGUCCAUGUUACAGUUAGGCACAACAAUACCUGCUUGAUGCUUCUGAGGAAUGCAAAAUAAACCCACUGGAGUCAUCAAGACUGAAAUGAUUCUUGUCAAGAUAAAAAAAAAAACAAAAAAAAAAACAGCCAGUAGUUUUUUUUCAUUGAUUUUACUAUUUCUAUUAAUACAUCCUGUUUUCUCUCCAAACAGGUAGGUCAGAGCUCAGGAUCGGACACACACAGAAAUAAAAGAAUGCCGUGACAUAGCACAACCAAAAUAUGCAUCACAUAUAUCACUAACAUUGGUUUUACACCCAUCACUGCUGUCCCAUUAACAAAAUUAGAAUAAAGUCAAAUUACUUAUUCUCGUGGUAUCCAGUAUUUCUUUCUCUUCUCAGUCACACAUGGCAGAAGAAAUCUUUUUUUGUCAGCAAUAUAUCACAAGGAUACUUUUAAGCUAAUGCUGUAACUGCCAUGUGAGUUUGUAAGUGUAUUUGAUAAGUAAGCAAGCUGUAUCAGCAUCCAGGAGAUGGGGAGUAAAAAAUAGUUCUUUGGUUAUCUCAUUGUGUAUCCUGUAACCUGUUUGAUUAUUUUUCUACUUGAGGUUUCUACCACAGAUUGUGUUAGAAGUCUUGACUUUUGUCCGUUAAAUAUGGCUGGUAACCAUAUGUGACUUGAAGGUUUUGAACUGCAGUCUGUUUUCUGCUUAUCUCAGACACCGUUUCUCAUAGUUCUUGCAUCUCUUACACAGUUCAUCAAGACAGAUUUACCAGGUCUGAAUGCAGGAAAUAAAAAUGAACCGUUUUUUAUAGACUGGUGCUUCAUGUGAACCAUAUUUUCUAUUUAUCAGUCUUAUUGUCUUUCACAUUAUGCAUUACACUUUAAUGAUGGUUCAGCCUAUAAAACAAGAUUAAAUCAAACUGUAGUCUGUUGCACUAAAUUUCAAUAAAAAGGUUAAGACUUUAUUUUGAUGCAGUUACGCUCUUC